AUGGAAGAAAAUUCUCUGCUGUUAUCCACAAGAAUGAACUCUUCCGAAGAGGUCUCUUUAAAUCAUGAUCAUUAUGAAAAUUACAAUGGAAUUGCAUCAAAUAAUCAUCACGAUGAAGGAAACUUUUCAUCAUCGGAAGCAAAUAUUAACGGUGAUGAAAAGUUUAUAAGUGUUGAUGAUGCCAUUGAAUGGAUGGGAGUUGGAAAAUUUCAAAUUAUCUUGUUGUUUGUGUGUGGAAUUGCUUGGAUGGCUGAUGCAUGUGAAAUUAUGUUAUUGAGCUUUAUAAUGCCUGCUGUGAGGGAUAUUUGGAAUUUGGGAUCGGCUGAAGAGGCAACGAUUGGUGGCAUUGUGUUUGCUGGCAUGUUGAUUGGUUCAUCAUUUUGGGGAUUUAUUUGUGACAGAUUUGGAAGAAAGAUUGGUAUUGUGGCAAUUUUUACAAUUUGUUCGAUAUUUGGAUUAGGAAGUGCAUUCUGUCCUAAUUUCUGGUCAUUGGUAGUGGUUAGAUUCUUUGUUGGAUUUGGAGUUGGUGGAAGUCAUGCCCCAUUUUCAUUAUUUACUGAAUUCUUGCCAAACAAAUCGAGAGGUUUCUUCUUAUUAUUGAUUGAAGUUUUCUGGACUGUGGGAACUGUGUUGACCUCAGUGAUGGCUUUGGUAUUCUUGGGAUUUCCUGAAAUAUUUGGAGAUUAUGGUUGGAGAUAUCUUGUUGGAGUCAGUUGUUUACCAAACGUAAUCAUGUUAUUUUUCGUUCCAUUUCUUCCAGAAUCACCUCGAGUUUUGGUAUUGAAAGGAAAUGUUGAAAAGGCAGAACGAGUUUUCAAACGUCUUGCUUGGUGGAAUAAUCGACCAAUGUUUGAAGGAAAAUUGAAAGUUGAUGAAAAUGCAACCAAGAAGAAGGGAGGAUCUAUCUUACUCUUUUUCACAAAACCAUUGUGGUUCAGUAGUCUUCUCAUUUUAAUCUUGUGGUUUAUUGGUGCAUUGGCUUAUUAUGGAGUUGUGGUCAUUACUCCAAAUUAUUUUGGAAACAAUACUAGCAAGCUCUCUGUCUACAUUAAUACCAUUAUUGUUUCUGGAGCUGAGUUACCAGGAUUAUUAUUUGCCUAUUCUGUAAUUAACACAUUUGGAAGAAAGAAGACAAUUAGUUUACUUUUCCUUUCGACUGGUUUAUUCCUAGGAUGUUUAGCCAUUCCAACAGAAACCUGGUUAUUAACCAUCUAUGCAGUUGGUGCAAGAGCUUCAAUUAUGGGUGCAACUUGUGCUCUUUGGGUCUAUACUCCUGAGGCUUUCCCGACCAAUAUUCGAUCUCUUGGAACAGGAAUGGCAAGUGCAAGUUCAAGAAUUGCAGCUAUUGCCACUCCAUACAUUGCAACCAUGCUGUCAAAAAUCAAUCCAGUCAUUCCAGUAGCUAUUUAUGGUGGCUCAUGUCUGAUUGCUUUCGUCAUGGGACAUAUUUUGCCAUACGAAACAAAUGGCAAAUCAUUGGCUAAUGAUGUAAGUGAGCUGGUGAAUUACUCAACCAAGAGAAGAAAAAAGACUGAAAAAAGCAUAACUGAUAAUUAA